UAUGAGUUUUCUACUUAGAUGUUUUAUCUAAUUAUAAUGCCAUCAAUUUGGAAAAAAUCUUUUAUAGCGUUAUAACUCAUUAGAUAAUGCAUAUCGUAUUGUAACGAGUUAAUAUCUAAUAGAUUACAAUACAUUAUUCUUUUCUAUCUCAUUGUAAGUUCAAUGAGAUAGAAUAAGUUCUAUCUCAUUGCAACGCGUUACAGAUUAAUGCAUUAUAAUGCGACAGGAAUUAGGAAACGCCCUGUAAUGGCAUUCAAAUUACUAACGCGCUAGUCGAAUUUAUAGCGUUGUAACAUUAUAAAAUAUGAGAAAGUCGUUGAUAAAAAUGCAUAACACUAUAAUUUCAAUUUUUGGGCAGUUUUUUCCGCGUUACGCUAAUGUCUUACAAUGCAUUAAAGAUAUGUUUUUUCUAAAUUUAUCGCGUUAUAACACAAUAGAAAAGCUAACACAUUACAAGACAUUACGAUAUACCUAACGUAUUAUAAUGCAAUAAAUACGGAAAAAAGAUCCUGUGGGAAGUCUGAGUGAAAACGUGUCGAUUUCUGUUUUUGAUGUUCUAGAUUUGGUUUAUCUGAUGCUUCCUCUCUCGAUACUACAAAAAAAGCUGAACAAAAAGAGAGAGAAUCCUUACGUAGGUCAUUCAUAGCGAUCAGUUUCAAUAGAGUCAACACACUUUGUGUUCAGAGAGAGAGUUAAAUUUAAUGUUGUCAUCAUAUCGCUAUUUCAUAGAAACAUUUGUGAAUUAGAGUACGAGCAAACAAACAAUAGUAAAAAAAAAACUAACGUUAGCCUUUAUGAAGAAGUUAUUUUCGAAGAAAAAAACUGAAGCAAAAAAAUCAUCAAUAAAUUUUUAUUUUUGUUUUUAGAUUUUGAUAAGUUUUUAAAUGAGAGUACAAAAACCAGUUAUUCGUCAUCGUUUCAUUCGUUCUAUUCUCGCUCGUUUAUUAUGUUCUAUUCAUAUGGGUUUAUCUAUUUACGUUUUAUACGAAAUAAAACGGAAUAUGUACCUGUAUUUUAUUCCGGUGUUUGGUAUAGUUAUACUCUCGUUUGAAUCAUUUAUCUCUUUAAUCUGUUUUCAAUGUAAAGAAUUUUUUUCGCGGUUUUUCAUUAUUAGUUUUAAUUUAUUCAACAACAAUCAUUUCAACAAUAUGGAUCCUUGAAUUACAUAAAAUCUAUGAACAAAAAUUAAAAAUUAAUGUAGUCACAACUCAAUACUACUAUGUACCAUGGCAAAAGCCUAGGGAAUUUUUAAGAAAUUUUAAAUAUUUAUGGUCUCAGAUUGAAAUUCAAGUUUAUCUAUUUCUUCUCUUAGUUAUACGAUGGCUAUUACCAAAACAACAAUCAGUAACAUAUUAUGGUAAAUCAGAUUUAUUAUUUAAAUAUUUUACUACCGCAUUUGAUAUGCUAGAUUUUCUUGAUAUGUUAAAUUAUCCAGAAUUAUAUUCGAAUGUUCGUCUAGUCUAUUCGGCAUUAUCAGUAUGGUCACUUAGUUGUUUACAAUUUGUUAUUUAUGUACGAAAUAUUAAUGAUAAUAAAUUGAAAGAAUUUCGUUCUUAUUUAACAAAUUCACUACUCGAAGUUCUAUUUCUUGAUAUACCAUUUUUAUGUGUAAGAAUUUAUGCCAUAUUUGGUUGUGGUAAACAUGAUUAUUAUAGUUACUUUUUUACAACAAAAAAUAUACUAAUGAUUAUUUUGUUACUGAUACGUAUACGAGCAAUAUUCGAUGAAAAACGUCAUCAUCAAAAACAACAAAUGAAUAAAUUGCAAUCUACAUCAAAUUUUCAUGUCAAACCGGUUAAAUUGUCUAACGAUAAUAAACAACAACCAUCACCACCACCACAACAACAACUGACACAUUACUCAAAUCGAUAUUUAAUUCAUAACCAUAAUAGAACGCAAGAUCAAAGUUUCUCAUCACAAAAGAAACUUAUUUUCUCGAAUCAACACCUUUAUUCAACACAAAUUAUACCAAAACAAAAUAAUAGUCAAGAUGCGGACACAGAUGUUUGA